UAGCUGGACUCCGGGCUACCGGAAGCGGCUGAGGGAGAGCAAGAGGCUGUGACUGUAGGGGUGUGUGGGUGCAGGUCUGGGUAAAGAGACGCAGGCAUGUUGCGUCCCAAGGCUUUGACGCAGGUGCUAAGCCAAGCCAACACUGGAGGAGUCCAAAGCACCCUGCUGCUGAAUAAUGAGGGAUCGCUGCUGGCCUACUCCGGUUAUGGGGACACAGAUGCCCGGGUCACUGCGGCCAUCGCCAGUAACAUCUGGGCCGCGUAUGAUAGGAACGGGAACCAAGCGUUUAAUGAAGACAGUCUCAAAUUUAUCCUCAUGGACUGCAUGGAAGGCCGUGUAGCCAUUACAAGGGUGGCCAACCUUCUGCUGUGUAUGUAUGCCAAGGAGACGGUAGGCUUUGGAAUGCUCAAGGCCAAGGCCCAGGCCUUGGUGCAGUACCUGGAGGAACCCCUCACCCAAGUAGCAGCAUCAUAAUAGUGUGCUGGAAGCUGGAGUAGAAAGGGGUGGUGGCUGGGAGGAGGGGGUGGUGGCUGAAAACGCCUUACUGGGCUGGGUGCAGGAAGUGGGGGGGCGGGGUUGCUGUUUUUCUGAAUAAAUUUUCAACUCUUA